AUGCGCAUCUUCCUCCUCCCUCUGACCACGCGACAAGCACUGAUAUACUGUCAACGCGGUCCCGUCAAAGCGGGCACGACUCCACGGCUCAUCGACCGUGUAACAACCAAGGCCGCCGAGACAUGGUCUAACUGGGAAGCUGCAGAGUCAGGAUGGAAGAAAAAGGUGGUCACAUACGGGAAUAGCGCCUUACAGCGGAUCCCCUAUCAGGAAUGGUCGUUGAAAAGCUUCCCGCCCUCAAAUCCAAAGCUGCAGGCCGAGCAGAUCACCGAUGGCAAGAAGUUCGAUGUCAUCUACCCGGGCAAUGUCAUGCACCAGGAGGAUGUGCCCAAAAUUAUGGCCAGGCUGGCCCGAGAACGGAAACAAUUACACUGGAACCGCUUCAUUGGCAGUAUGGUGGCCAUGCCCUUCACCAUUCCCUUCGGGCUGAUACCAAUCCUACCCAAUAUCCCCUUCUUCUAUACAGUAUAUCGAUCAUUGAAAGGCUCCGACCACCUUGAUUUCAUUCUCGACAACCGGCUCUUCCGACUCAAAUCAACCGACGAGGUAGAGAAAUUGUUCGAGGAUCUUGCACCGGACUCGCCCGACUUCCACUUUGUCACGCGCAGCGAGAUCGUCGAUGGCACCGCACCGCCGGAGAAAUUGAUACUAACGAAAGAUACCCACAACAAAGUCGCACGGGUGCUAAAAGUGCCGGAACUCGGUAAUGAAGUGGAACGCGCCGUCUGGCAGGUCACUCGACAAAUGCGUGAGCAAGAAGCGAAGAAUGCUCAGUCGAAGGACUCCGAGAAAAAAGAGGAACCUCGCUUGAUCGAAAAUGUGCAGAAGAAAAACCGGAAAAUGUAA